AUGUCCUCUCGCUUCUCCCAGCUGCCGUUCGAUGUGCUCCAUCAGAUUGCAAGCCAGCUCGACAUUUGCUCGUUCGAUAGACUGGCGAAGACGUCCAAGUCUUUGCGUCGACACCUUCAGAAUGAGAAUACCGCAAAGCAUGCCAUACAGGCGAGUCUGCGGCAUUGUCUUUGGGUGCAGCUUGCCCUGUCACCAGCACAACCUGGUCCCAGGCAAACCCUCGCUCGGGUUGUCGACUCUCAUUCUGCGUUGCAACAGGCGUCGCCAUACUCAGCUUGUAUUAUAGCAUACGCGAACAGUUUCUCGUACAACUUGGGGAUUUUAUGCUAUACGACUUCGAACACUCUUCGCAUUCUGAAUUUCAACGAUCGUCGAGACACCGAGAAGGUCUUUGGCAGCGGGGUCUUCACCGAUCAACUCAGCAUUGCGAAUCAGGAAGAAGCCAGCAUAGGUCUCGAGUCCAUCAAAUCUAUUCAGGUUCAGAGUUACGCCGAUGGCAUGGUGGUUUUGCAGUGUGAUUUUGGCCCCUUUGGGCAAUAUAUUCUCGCAGUGAAUAUAGAUGAUAAGAAACCUUCGAAUCCGUCGGGGUAUGGCCCUCGGCCUCGCGUCCGAUUAUGCGUACCGAUCCGAUCUAACAACAAGCUUUUCGUCCGGAACAAUGACAGGUUCAUAGUUUUGGGUUCUCACUCGGCGACCGGUAGUCAUAACCACCAUGAGUGGUUGCUAGAUGUCUACAGUCUGGAAACGUCAGAGUCGGUAACUGCUCAGCCACUGCAGCUGCGAGAUUUCUACGGCUCAGAAAUAGGAUCGACUGCGUGUUUUACCAUCUACCAAGACGAAUUCUACGCGGUCGCCAGCCAGACAAGCUUUGAGAGCGAGGAGGUGGACUGGACAAGUUACUACCAUGUCAUCAAGUUUCGCCUGGACGACCCAGACCCAGAACUCACAAUCAAACUCAUCUGGCGAAGACAGCACCUCGAAGGACCUAUAAACGACGCUUGGAAUGACCUUGGCUUCCAGAUAGACUACUCCACGGGCGAACUCUUAGUGGUCGAGGGGAGAAAAGAAUGGCUCAACGGCGGCAGUCGAUCAAUCAGGACUUAUUAUACGCAACCCAUACGCCGCGCGGAUUUUAAAGACUUAAAAGAAGGGUUGCGACAUCCUCCCAACGAUCGCCUAAGUACCACAUUAGACGAGCACAACAACAGUCGAUGGGAGGAAUCGAUGGUUCGGGCUGAUAGAUACGUCCAUGCCGAGUUUCGAGCCGACGGCAGUGGGCAGGAGAUGGCGAAAGAAUAUAUCCGAGCUAAGACAAAGUGGAACGGGUACUCUUUCAACGCGCAGGCUUUCGUCGAUCUCGUCACGGAUGACGUUGUCAUGGAAGGCGAAUGGCGCCCUCGGCAACGAAUCAAGCUCCGUGUGGUGAGCAGACAGGAGCUUAGCCCUCUAGUCCAAGACACGGUGAGUCCUGUAGAGUGGGUGCUUCGUAAGCGUAUACGGGAUCGGGAGGGCCAGGAGAUGGAGGAUGGAGAGAGAGCCUUCACGCCGAGUAGCGUCUGUCUCUGGCCCCGGGAUGAUGCUCCCCAGGAUCUACACGAGAUUCUCUGCCCUAAAGGUCGAGCUGGAGACGUCAAGGCAAUGCUAGGAGACGAGGGAAUCAUAUAUAUGGCCGGUCCACCGCGAGAGCCGGGAUCGGAGGAACGGGCUCUGGUUUUUGUCUGCUUCGAUCCGACCUUUGGCUUCCAGGGGAUGCGACGGCUCGACGGGAGUCUUGCCAGGCCGAGAUCGGAAAAGAAGAGAAAGAUGGAGGAGUACCGCGAGUUCGAGGUUGAUGUGCUGCAGCAAUCUGUAAAUGUGACGCAGAGCCCCGGGGUCGAGGUCGACCUUAUGGACGGUACCAAGAGGCUGAAGCUUGAAGCCAGGGCUAAAGCAGCAGACGUUGGAGAUUCAACUUCAUCACCGUCUCGCGGCGACGAGCAGGAAAUCACCGUUCCCCCACAAGGACACCGGAUGGCACAAGCCCUUGGUCUUGAUCCUGCGCCUCUUGCUGACAUGACUCAGGACUGGCUUCCUUCGACAGCGUCUAGCUCAGAGUUGCCACCGACGUUGCAGUCUCCGAGGACGGUGUUGUCGCCAGGUUCGAACCUGAGCCUGAGGCCGCCGUCGCCAUCCUCGCCAGCAGCCUCGCGUCCUCAGUCCGCCUCACAAUUUGUCCCGGGCUCGGAUACCACGAGGCAGACAGGGCAGAGUCACGGGAAAGGCAAGGGGCCAGCACCUCCUCCCAACCGACGCCUGACAUGGCGGGAGAAAGCGAUGUACAUGGCCAUCGGAAAGGGAUAUUGGCUGCGCUAG